GUGACAUCAUCGACGUCCGAUAACGACACAUCGCCUGUAACACCCAUACAAACGCCACAUCGUAAUGUGAUUGUACGCAAUGAGAAUGUUCGUAAAAAGAAGGAACUGGUCAAGGAUGAAGCUUACUGGGAGAGGAGGCGUAAAAAUAAUGAUGCGGCAAAGCGAAGUCGCGAUUCGAGACGUCAAAAGGUCUCGAUCAUCGCGAAAACCUUAAAUUCGAUCUCUUAA